AUGAAGGGCAUUCACGUUCUUCACGCAGAAGAGACUUCGCAGAAAGAAGCGCUCGAGCCUCGACCAUUACCAUCAUCUGAGUCGACAGGAGCUCUGUUCUUGACCAACAACUCGAACUGUGGACAACUAGGGAACGAAUACAACGAGCUAGACUUCGCUGGCCAGUUCUCAUCAUAUAGCAUCGAAAGUCCUGUUGAGUUGCUGCAUGAUGUUUGGGAUGGUGUUUGGAAGAAAGUCACGCACAUUUUAUGA